AUGAACAUCGAGCCAGCCAGCCCGCCGGAGAUGGCCAAUGCCACGGACAAUUUGGGCUUAGCUCAUGUAAGACGCAUACUCGAAAACAAGAAACGCGAGGAACGCUUCGCCAAGACGCACUGCUCAUUCUGCCAGAAGGACGGCGGCGACACUCCUCUGAAAAUGUGCGCACGCUGCAGAGCGGUACACUACUGCGGCCGGGCCUGCCAGGUCGCGGACUUCCAGUCCGGGCACAGGGAUGAUUGCGCCGCCUUUGCGCAUCUGCCUACCACCGUGGCGUUCUUGUCGACGCCCGACCCGACUGAAAACUUUCCCCACCACCCCAUACUGGCGCAGGCCAAUCAGGAGCAUGUCGGGUGCUGGGUGACAAUAGAUGGGUGCGUCGAUUGCAGCUUACAGUGUCUGACGGAAAGCCUGGAUCCUGCGGAGGACAUGUCCCGCCACAUACGCAUGAUGUCGGGCUCCGCCGGGCCCGCCAGCCGUCAGAUCAUGCGUGACCACAGGGCCACCGCUCGCAGCCUGCUCAGUCUCCGGGUGCUGGUGCAAAACCGCCGCAAAGACAAGACACCUAUCCUGGUGUUUGGCUCGCGAGCACAGGUUCUCAGCCUGCCUUCGUCCACAUCCGCGAUACGACAGGGAAGAACGGAGCUCGACAACAUCGUGAUGUUCACGCACAACGAAAUUGUCCGCGCGGCGAUGGGCGUCGCACACGACCCAUGGGACCACAUCCCCCGGCUGGCCAUCGCGCAAUUCAACACCGUCGAGAUUACGAGGUCCACGCCGCAGCCCGUGAAAAUCAUGGACUCCCGCGAGGGAACGGUACUCCUGCACACGGGGGACUUUGUCGUCUUUCAGCUGCAAUUUAGCGUCGGCGACGGGAAGGCGAUCUCCAAAGACUGGGAGGCCCUCAAUGCGCUGGAGUCCAUUUUUGUGCCUUGGUCUCCUUGGCAUGGUCUCGCACCCCUUGGCGACGUUGCGGCCUCCCUUCCCACCGUCCAAUGCACGUUGUCGGAGAGCGCUAUCUCAUCGUCGGGGCAGCUCCUGCGCGCGCCGUUCGACCACAUCGCAGUGCACGAAUACUUUGCGGACUACAUCGAGCACGACGAGGACACCUACAUCCGGAGCCACUUUGGUGUGGCUCGCGCGAACAUCAUCAGCGGCACGGAUCAAACGAUGGACAAUAUGGUGAACUUGAUGCUGAGCAGGAUCGACAAGAGCGGUAACUUGAAGCUGUUCGUAGAACAGCUGUGGGACGCGGGCAUGGAAGAACUGGCACUCAAGUUUUGUGCGAAUCGUUGA